CCCUUUAGUCUUGCACAGAUGUACCGGCUCCUCCCCUUCAGUCUUGCACAGUUGUACAAGUUCCUCCCCUUCAGUCUUGCACAGGUGUACCGGCUCCUCCCCUUCAUUCUUGCACAGGUGUACAAGUUCCUCCCCUUCAGUCUUGCACAGGUGUACUGGCUCCUCCCCUUCAGUCUUGCACAGGCUCCUCCCCUUCAGUCUUGCACAGGUGUACCGGCUCCUCCCCUUCAGUCUUGAACAGGUGUACAGGCUCCUCCCCUUCAGUCUUGCACAGGUGUACCGGCUCCUCCCCUUCAGUCUUGCACAGGUGUACCGGCUCCUCCCCUUCAGUCUUGCACAGGUGUACCAGCUCCUCCCCUUCAGUCUUGCACAGGUGUACCGGCUCCUCCCCUUCAGGUGCACAAGACUGAUUUU